CUCCCCCCUUCCUCCCCGCCGCCCUCAGCCAUUUUAGCAGCCGGUGCGGGCCCGCCGGCAGCACCGGGACGAGGUGGCCAGGCGAGCUCCCCUUCAUUGUUGUCUUAAGCUACAGAACUGUAUAAACUGGAAAGGGAGAGCUUCCCCCCCACCGAGAACCCUGCUGUGAUCUAAACAACACUGAAAAAAACUCAGUCAUACCCAUCAGAUACCUUGUGUCCACUGUUGGCUCUCAAAGGUUACUAAAAUUUUAGCAGCUGCUCUGAAAAAGAACAACCUAAGCUUCACUUACUGUCGUUUCUUCCUACGCCAUACUGCACUGCUGCUUUGCUCUUGCCUGCUUCAGAACACAAUAAGAGAUUGUCUUUUUUUAAAUACCUGCAAUGAAACUUAGGCUAGAAGUAUGUGCCAUUCUCUUGCUGCCUGUGUACUUGUUAAUAUCUGUGUACAGUAUGCUUGUAUUUAUUCCAUGGUAUUUUCUUACCAAUGCUAAGAAGAAAAAGGCUAUGGCAAAACGUUUAAAAGCUAAACCCAUCUCGGACAAACCUGGGAGCCCCUACCGUUCUGUCACUCAUCUUGACUCACUAGCAAACAUAAACAUUCCUGGAGCAGACACGUUGGACAAGUUGUUUGACCAUGCUUUAGCAAAAUUUGGGAAGAAGGACUGUCUCGGGACCAGAGAAAUACUGAGUGAAGAAAAUGAAAUGCAACCAAAUGGAAAAGUGUUCAAAAAGUUAAUUUUAGGAGCGUACAGAUGGUUAUCCUAUGAGGAAGUAAAUGAGAAAAUGAAUCGCUUGGGGAGUGGCCUGACUGCCAUGGGACUGACCCCAAAGAGCACUGUUGUCAUUUUCUGUGAGACCCGAGCAGAAUGGAUGAUUGUAGCUCUAACCUGCUUCAAGUACAACUUUCCACUUGUUACAUUGUAUGCCACCCUGGGUGAAGAGGCAGUAACCUAUGGUCUCAAUGAGUGUGGAGCAUCAUAUCUGGUCACUAGCACAGAACUUCUUGAGAGCAAACUUAAGACUGCACUGUCACAAGUCUCCUGUCUUAAACAUAUCAUUUAUGUGGACAAGAAGACUAUCAAUAAAUUGGAAUACCCUGAUAAUGUGGAGAUUCAUAGUAUGCAGACAGUAGAAGAGCUGGGAGCCAAACCAGAAAACUCAAGCAUUCUGCCAAGCAGACCUGUUCCUACAGACUUGGCUUUAGUAAUGUACACCAGUGGCUCUACUGGGAGACCUAAAGGAGUGAUGAUGAUGCAUAAAAACUUAAUAGCUGGAAUGACAGGACAGUGCGAGAGAAUACCUGGACUGGGACCCAAGGAUACUUACAUUGGUUAUUUGCCUUUGGCCCAUGUAUUAGAAUUGACAGCAGAAAUUUCUUGCAUCACUUACGGCUGCAGGAUUGGCUAUUCCUCUCCGCUCACACUAUCAGAUCAGUCAAGUAAAAUCAAGAAGGGAAGCAAAGGAGACUGCACUGUACUUAAGCCUACACUGAUGGCAGCUGUGCCUGAAAUAAUGGACAGAAUUUAUAAAAACGUAAUGAGUAAAGUUCAAGAGAUGAACUAUAUUCAGAGAACUCUGUUCAAGAUAGGCUAUGACUACAAACUGGAACAAAUCAAGAGGGGAUACGAUGCGCCUCUGUGUAACUUACUGUUAUUUAAAAAAGUAAAGGCACUACUGGGAGGGAACGUCCGUAUGAUGCUUUCUGGAGGAGCACCACUCUCGCCUCAAACACAAAGAUUCAUGAACAUCUGUUUUUGCUGUCCUGUUGGUCAAGGCUAUGGACUAACAGAAACAUGCGGAGCUGGAACAAUUACAGAAGUGGCUGAUUACAGCACAGGCAGAGUUGGAGCUCCUCUUAUUUGCUGCGAAAUAAAAUUGAGAGACUGGCAAGAAGGGGGCUAUACUAAUAAAGACAAGCCUAAUCCUAGAGGAGAAAUUGUAAUUGGUGGACCUAAUGUCUCAAUGGGAUAUUUUAAAAAUGAAGAGAAGACAACAGAAGAAUUCUCCAUUGAUGAGAACGGUCAGAGAUGGUUCUGUACAGGAGAUAUAGGGGAAUUUCAUCCAGAUGGGUGUCUGCAGAUCAUAGAUCGCAAGAAAGACUUGGUAAAGCUACAAGCAGGAGAAUAUGUAUCUCUCGGCAAAGUAGAGGCAGCCCUGAAGAACUGUCCAUUGAUUGACAAUAUCUGUGCUUAUGCCAAAAGUGACCAGUCUUACGUGAUCAGUUUUGUGGUCCCUAAUCAGAAGAAGCUGACUGCAUUAGCUGAGCAGAAAGGCAUCAGCGGAACCUGGGUAGAUAUUUGUAACAAUCCUACAAUGGAAGCUGAAAUACUGCGAGAGAUUAAAGAAGUGGCAAACAAGAUGAAAUUGGAAAGGUUUGAAAUACCCAUCAAAGUACGGUUAAGCCCUGAACCAUGGACCCCGGAGACCGGGUUAGUAACAGAUGCUUUCAAGCUGAAGAGGAAAGAACUGAAAAACCAUUACCUCAAUGACAUCGAAAGAAUGUACGGAGGCAAAUAAACAAGUCAUGCUGACCAGAAAGUUGUGCAGAUGGUUCCUUCUCAUGCCUUUGGAUGUCUGUGUAUACUGUAGAUACCACAUGUGCAGAAAAUACACCAAAUGAUGGAUGUUUCUGUACUCUCUAUGGAGUAUAACAGAGAAUAUCUUAGACUCCAAAUUCCUGAUUAUUAGCAGAUUAGAUGCUAUGGUCUUCAUAAAGUUUCACGUGAUCAUCUCCAGUUUUGAGACAGACAUCAUUAUGUGAAGCAGUAUGACCAGGUAAUUCUAUUAUUAUUGUUUCUCUAGCAUAUUCACAGUGCUUGCAAUUUCUCUUUAAUUCAGUCUGAAAUCUGGCCUGUAUUUCAAAGAGAAAAAUUAAUGUAAUUGUGAUGAUUCUUCUGUCAUAGUAAGAUACUCACUGAGGGAAGGAAAAAAGUAUUUGGAGUCUACCCUUCUCCAUUUAAAAACAAAACCAAGAUGACAACAUUAGUCAAGAACUUGCUAGAGAUCACUAAUAACACACAGCUUGAGAACGGAGGGGCUCUUCUGCACAUCAGUUAGUUUCCUGAAUAUUUACAGUGCCUAAAAAGGAAUAUAAAGUACACUUACUGAAAUAAAGGUGAACUGAAAAGCUUUCUAAACAAAGUUAUUUGAAAUUUCAUUCAAGAGCAUUGAAUUAACUGUAUUUUAAUUGAAGCAGAGCUUUCCACUAGGACACAGCAUAACAGAAAACAAAGACCUGCUCUGCUACAGGAGGUGCCGAUGAGAAAUCAUCACCUGAAUGCAGAAUGCAAAACUUGCAUCUCGACUGGCAAACAGUUGUCUAAGCAGAUUUGAAGCUCAAAGGAGUUGUGGCGGUUUUUCGUUUGGAUUUUGUUGAGGGUUGAUUGGUGGUUUUAUUUUUAAGGCACUGAUCCUCUAGACCUUCGCAUACAUGUGAGUAACGGUACAGGUUACCUGUAUGUAAUUUAGAGGAUCAGGUUCUGAACGCCAGUGUUCACUUUAUGGAAAGGUAUUUCCGUUCACCUUUUAAAUACGGUAAGCAUAACAAGGCAACCAAAACCCAACGGUAGUUUCCCCAUGUAGCCUUGUUUUACUUAAAGAAAAGUAGUCUGUGACCAGGGGAUCUUCGUUUUAUGGAACUUGUAAAAAGGGACAAAUCACUCUUUACAGAAAUGUAUUAUAAAAACAUUCUCUUAUUAACUGGAAGUCACAGGUGUGAAGAAAUGGGAAGAUACAAUUUAAUGGUCCAUCAUUUUGUGUGCAGAAUCCUGUACUGUGUCUUCUUUUGACUUGUAACUGAGCUCCCGCAUCCCUGCUAGCUCUUCACACUUGAACCAUAAGUGCUGUAAAAAAGUGGAGGCUCUUGAUACUGUUCUACUUUGCACUUUCUUAAUCGUUUUAUAUAUGUUGCUUACAUUUUGUACAGCUGUGGCCCUCAACUGCUAUAUAUUACAAAUUCAUUUUAAAGUAUUUAUAGAUUUCUAUUCAUAAUAUUUGUGUUGUGUAUAUGAUGGUUGAAGAGAAAAAUUAUUUGGUAUUGUCACUGUACAGAAAGUAAAAGAUUUUGUACGAUGCUUCUCUGAAACACACUAGCUUGCAAUUUCAGGGCAAGUUUUUCCUUUAUUGCAUGUAUGUGUAUUUUUCCUUUUUCCAGUUCAAACUGAUUUUGGCAAAAAUAAAUCAUGGCUAUAUACUCAUUAACUAAACCAUCCCUUCUCCUUGGGACCAACUUCAGACUUCCCCAUGCAUAACUUUCUCUGGCCAGUCCAGAGCACUGCCAGCUCAUCUUCCAAGAGCCUUGGGGAAGGAAAGGGAAAAAGAAAAUGUGAUUAUGAAGCUGACUGUCUUAGUUGUGAAUGCAACUACAGCAGCCACUAAAAAGACGGAGGAAAUAGCUUUUCUAAAAAAUAAUUAUUUUUUUUUUAAGACACAUAUAGCUGGUUUACGACAACAGGAAAUACUUCUGUACCAGCAGCAGCUUUUUAAAUGACUGUCCUGGAGCUACGUUACCAAUUUUUCAGUGUUCAAAAUUGGUCACUAUUAAGUAGCCUUUAGUCAGCCUGUUAGCAUCACAAAGUUAAAUACAUGUAAGAAAGUUACUUGCACUCAAGUCGGUGAGCAGGUUGUACUUUUUUUUUUUAAAACCAUAAAUGUAUUUAUAUGAAAUGUAUUUUAUCUAGACUGCAGGUAUCUUCUGUGUCUUGGUUGACUGAGGAUUGCUAUUUUCAAUAUAUACAUACACCAUGUUAACAUUUCAAAAGUGGAAUACAAUUUAAAUGGUUCAACAAU